AUGGAUAUGAAGCAGGAUUUAUUUACAUAUCGGCAUCCUGGUAGUAUUCAGGCCUUUGGUUUAAACACAGAUACUCUUCUUGUUGCCACGUCAAGCAUCCUAGUUGAAUGGGAUAGGGUGAGAAGAAGAAUUGUCAAGGAGAUCCGUAUGGAUGAAGAGAUAGUGGAUAUUAAGUGUUUCAGCGGGUACUGGGUCUUGAUAACAAAAAGUGAUAUUGGAUUCCUAGACGGAAAUAAGACCAAACGUAUUGGAUCAAAAGGAUCACUAGAUGUUUCUAUUGUAUAUAAAGAUUGGCUUUUGACUGUAGGUAAUGAGAAGCUCGUGAUCAUUUCUAUUAGGAAGGGGAAUGCUGAAAUCAGAAAGGUCAGGCUGAUCUCCACUAAUGGAAUGUGUACAUGUGGAGUGGCAGCCACAGAUGGGUUGUUUCUGUCGUUUGAAAACGGGAAGGUGUUUUCCAUAAAAGAGUCUGAAGUGAUGAAUAUUGUACUUGGUAAGAUCAAUGAGGUAGUGAUGGAUAAAUUUUCAUGUCUGAUAUUUUUGAAAGAGGCUAUAGUCUCAAUCUCCACUCUUGGAAAAGAGCUGGUGAUAUCUCUGUUUAACAAAAAAGUCCUUGUAUUGGAUCUGGACACAAAAGAUGUGUCGUACACAGAGCUUCCACAUAACAUCAGAGGCUCCACUGUAUGGAACGAUUUGAUUGUUGUUAGUGACUGCAAAAACAAUAUUCUGUUUCUUGACAGAAGACUCAGAAUUACUUAUAGUAACUGCCUUAAAGAGGAGAUAUGCGGGGUUUUAGCAGACAGAAGAGGGUUAGCCAUAGGAUUCAGAGUAGGAGUCGUGAAAGAGUACGUAGGAGAGAGCAGAACACGGCCUGGAGUUAUUCGUGGGAUGGUGGAAUGA